AUGAAGAAAUUACAGACCAAGAAUACUAAAAAGAAUAACUUGAAGAAAUCAAAAACUAUUGUUAAGAGAAAAGUAACAACAGCCCCUAAAACUACCAAAAGUAAAUCUGAUAAAAAUAUAAUUAGUAAACCACCUGAAGAUUUCUAUACAAAAUUAUAUAGAGCGUUUAAUGAUAGCACUUCUAAUAAUGAAGAUGAUAACGAUUAUUUGGAUUUUAUUAGAAUUAAAUAA